AGCUUUCUCGAGCUGUAGGGACUGCGCUAACACAUCUACUUCGUGUUAGGGUCAAAGAGCAGCAACACACGAACGAAUGUCUGAAAGAACGUCGAGUCCCUCACCGGCGCUGUCUUUCCCACCCGCACAGCGACCUUCUCUGACUCCGCAGCGAUUACAGGCAAAGGGGCCAAACGAUACCCUCGUGCUGAACUCCCCGUAUGGGCCAACACGCAACGCCGCCUACGGCUGGGGUAGCCUCUUCCAGCCCCCCAUAUCCGCCGUCCUGACCGACCAUCCACAUAUUCACAUCGGCAUCAGCUCCUUGAACGGGGUACCGACAAUCGGAAAGUCUGACCGCAGCAUGCGCAGUCUUCUCACGCAGUACCGUAAGAAGUUUAACUGCCUCGAACACUGCUACCCCUAUCACAAGGUGGGCGACGCCGCCACCUGGCAGUCGUGGGCAGACAUGGUGAAGGACAGCAACGUGGUGAGGCCUGAGAUCCACACAGCGCUGUCGGCGUCGUCUCUUCCUCUUUCUCUUUCUGCUCCAUGUCAGACGGCGGAAGACCGAGCAGCCGCAACAGUUAGUAGCUCGACCCACUCACCGGCGUCCUCGAGACGCAUGCUCACCGUCAACGGGGCUCGCUUUGUAUACACCGUGAAGGCGAACAACCUUCUCACUCACGUAAAGCAGCUGCAGAUGCGCGAUGGCGAGGUGCAUGAGCACGUCGCCACCUUCUUUCAUCAACGCUGCCCUCUCCUUGAACCGUUUCUCGGGCCUAUUCUCGUGCAGCUGCCGCCGUCUUUUGGUUACGCGAAGACGAAUAUUGAGCGCCUGUCCGAGCUGUACGAGCAGCUGACAAGAGAAGAAGUUGUUUUGCAGGAGGUGGCGGACACGACAGCGACCGAGACGCGGUCACCUUCACAGGGCAUUCUGACGUGUCAGUGGCGACAGCAACGACGCAUCCGCAUUGCGGUGGAGUUCCGCAAUCGCAACUGGUAUCGGCAGGAGACCUUUGACCUGCUUCGUUCUUUUCGCUGGGCGCUCGUCGUCGCGCACCACCAUGACGACCCCACCUUUUCCAGUGUCGUGGACACGGGCGCCGGCUUUCUGUACCUGCGCUUGCACGGUCCUCUGGGCCGCAGUGUCGGCGACUACGGCUCCCUCGCGAUGAAGCUGUGGGCAGAGGAGAUCGUCCACUACCUGCACCCUCCCAACGUUUCGGCUGAGCGACGGGGCACGCGUACGGAGGGAGAGGGAGAGGGAGAGGCGGCGCAGCAGAAGGAGGUGUUUGUGUUUUUGAACAACAGCGACUCUAACGUGGGCGGUACGACAAGCUCGACAGUUGACGCGACAUGCCUCGCCAAGCACCUCCGUCAGCUACUUCGCUCCGUCAACCCGUCCGUGGGCCCUGUAGGGAAUGCAACGUCGACAGGCGGGACAACAACGCAGCCGCCGAAUGCAACUCCGUCCACAGCAGGGCCCGUAGUCGUGGAGAGCACAACGACGGCAACGACAACUUCUGUAACGCCCGGCGACGAUCGGGAUGCUGAUGGCGAGGGGCAGGCGUCUCCUCCGGCAAAGCGUCCCCGCACCUCGACGCAGAGCGGAGGCAGUCGCGACGAUGAGGUGGUCAUUGAUUGA